UCCCUUCGGUUCCGUCAGGCGCGGCUGUUAUGGCCUCUGGAAGAGUCAUAAAAUCCCUGGAAGGAGCUUUAAAGUUCACCGAGUUUUCCUCCUGGCAUGGGCAGGGACACCUUCCACUAUCCCAGGUUGCUCCAACACCUGUUCAGCCUGGCCUUGAGCACUUCCAGGGAUGAGGCAGCCGCAGCUUCUCUGGGCAACCUGUGCCUCAUCACUUUUGCAGGGGAGAAUUUCUCUCUAGCAUCCACUCUAAACCUGUCCUCUGUCAGUUUAAAGCUAUUCCCCCUUGUUCUUUCAUUACCUGCCCCUGUAAUGAGUCACUCUUCCAAAAACCCUUUAGAUGAGUUCUCCCCAGAAUCUCCAGCAGCUCAGCUCAGCCUGUCCCCAUACCAGAGUUGCUCCAGCCCUCUGAGCAUCUUUUCUGGACCCACUCCAACAUCUCUACAUCUUGUGCCGAGAUUUCCAGAGCUGGACACGCUACUCCAGAUGGGAUAAAAACCUGCUGGCUCCUGAAAGGAGACAACAGCAGCCCAGCAUUGCACGGAACUCUUGCCUAACCAGUACCACCUCUUGCAGCGUGACACCAUUUCUAACAAAAUUCGGGCUGUUCCCACCCUCCCCACAAAGUUACAAUGCUCCUGUGCCACGCACAGCUUCCCACACCUGCACUCAGCUGGAAGCAGGUCAGCAAGGUCACAGCAGCAUCCACAGGCAGCUUCUGCAAGCCACUGACAUCACGGAGGUGUCACCUGGCACCGAGUGUGAGACAGAGAUGCUCCAGCCACUGUUCCGCACUUGCCGAUGUAAAAGCCAGGCUCGAUUUCCAGCUGGGAACUCCGCCAAGGGCUCAGGUGAGCCACGGACACAAAGUGCAUCCCGACAGCCUUGCAGCUGGACACCUCCUCGGCAUGGCUGGGAGGGCAGUGCAGCUUCCAUAGCGCUGCUUGCGGUCCACAAAGCACCGAGGUCUCAAACCAUGUCUCCUUCAGGUGGACCAUGGCCCCUGGGCCUCGUGUUCCUUUUGGGGAUGGCAUCAGAGGGGAUCAGCUGCCCGAGCAGGUGUAGCUGUCAGUACCUGGAGGUGAACUGCACCGGACAGCAGUUGCAGGAGUUCCCUGUGGAUAUCCCUCUGGACACCAGGCAGCUGAUUCUGGCAGCAAACAACGUCUCGUACCUGCCAGCAGUGGAAUUGAGCUUCCUGGCUGAUUUGGUCUAUCUGGACUGCAGAAAGAACCUCCUGGGGGAUGACCUGGAUUUCACUUUCAUUGGCGUGGCCAAGCUUGUCUAUCUAGACCUCAGCUUCAACAACCUCACACAGGUCACCUUCAGCACCUUCUCCCACCUCCUCAGCCUGGUGGUGCUGAAGAUCUCGGACAAUCCCAACCUUGUGGCCAUCGAGAAGGAUGCUUUUGCCAACAACACCUGGCUAAGGCACCUGGAUGUGAGCCGGACGGGCUUAACCUUCCUGGACACCAGCACCGUCCGGAACUUGCCCAGCCUGAGGCUUCUGGGGCUCAGUGACAACCUGUGGCACUGCAACUGUUCCUUUUUGGACUUCAUCACCUGGAUGAUGGAGAGCGAUGUGCAUUUUCCAGAUGCUGACAACAUCACCUGCUACACCCCAGCAGGCCUGCAUGCCCUGAGGAUGCCAGCAGCAGAGGCACAGCUCCACUUCAGCUGCCUGACCCAGCUGUACAAGCAGGAUUAUGUCUUUCUGUGCCUCGUUGGCUUCUGCAUAUUCCUUGCUGGCACCAUGGCAGCCUGGCUGGCCGGCGUCUGUGCUGUCAUCUACAAGGCCCAUGGCUCAAAGGGAGAGGAAGAGGAGGAUGAGGAGGAAGACAUAGCCACUUAGGAUCAGUCCUUCCGAACUCCCAUUGUGGGAACCAAAGGCAGGCCCUUCCUGCCUGAUUUCCCAUGUUGUCCCACCCUAGAUUGUUUGUUGGGUUUUUUUUUUUUGUGAAAUAAAACUGCAAGAGAAUGAAGUAUCUGUGCUCCAGUUUCACUUGCUGUUCUAUACCCACUCUUCUGCCACUGGGACUCAGGAUAUUGGCAAAAUAUUCAUUUUGGGGAAGUGUGAGAGGUGUGCACAAUGCCAAGCAUUUCCACUUCCACCCUACCUUGAGACCACAGAGCAGCAGGGACAUAAGGACUUGCUUGAAAAGGUACUGAAAUAUGGGAAAGGUCCUGGCACUGUGCUGUAGCCAAGGAGGCCAAAAAAAUCCAGCAGGUCUUACUGGGAUCAGCCUACACAGCCGGGGCCCCAGGGAGUUACUGGAUUGCUAGAGCCCCAGGGAAUCCAAGAACUUCCUGCUGUGGAAAGGCAAAGAGA